UUUCAUUGUUUUUGUUAUCAAUUAUUAAAAUCACUGAAAUGUCACACAAAUAGCUAAUCAAAUCAAAUAUAAUAAUUAGUUUAAUAAUAAACAGUUAAAUAUCAUUGAAAAUCAAUAAAACAAUUAAUUAUUGGACACAAAAAUGCAAAGUCUAUCGGAUCAGGUGUUUGGCAAUGAAUUGAUUUUGUCGAAGAUAUUGUCGUAUCUGUCGCUGAAAGAGUUGGCAAAGAGUUGUUUCGGUGUGAAUACUGUGUGGAACAGUAUCUGUCAUAAAGUGAUCGAAAGUCGGACACAAUUGGAUCACUUCUUCGAGUUGUAUCGCAUCUCAAGACAUCACAUGUCUUCGAGUCAGUCGCGCAAUCGGGAGACACAUUUGGCCGAAGAUAAACACUUGGAGUUUGUCAACGAAUGUUUUGAUGACAUCGAAACCAAACUGAAGACUCAUUUGAGGUCACAGUUGAAUAUUUGGCCGCAAAUAGUGGUGACGUUUUUCGGCAAUUUUUGUCAACACUCGCGACGGCCCGAAAAGUUGAUGCAAUACAGCAAUGGAUUUCGCAGAUAUUUGCCACCGGAAACACAAUUCUUGAAUAUCGUAUCUCUUGCCGGUGUUAUUGGAUCAGUCAUUCAUAAGAGACCAGCUAUUUGUCAAACAACAGCUGGCGCUGGAAAUACCAGUGCCACUGCUUCGACAUCAGCGGCCACUGAGCCGUCAAUAGAGCCAAUUGAAACACAGGCACACGUCGGCAAUUGUGCCGGUAUUUCAUUGUUAAUAUUUCCGAAAUACCCGAACGUCGAAAUCGAUAUCUUUGACGAAAGAAAUUUGAUUGCUUUGGAAAAACUGAACGAUCGAACAGACCUCAAGUGUCUGAUAGUAUUGGCGACCACUUAUGCCGACUCCGAGAGCAAAAAUAUUAGAGAAUUCAAGUGUAUAAACACUCUGAAUGAAAAAUAUAACAAUAAACUAGCUAUUGGUGGCAUUGUUGUCGAUGAUAUCAAUUACUACAUGAAUAAUGUCAAUACAACACGACGUAAGACAAGAAGUUUUUAUGGUUUAGCCUUCAGUGGCGUUAAUGUGCGCGCCUGUAGUCUGUUGUUAAAGACUGUUACACCCGAAGCAACUGAAAAGAAAUUUCGAGAAUUUCGCAAAAAUCUUAACUUUGAUCCUAAUUUAAAAACAUGCGAAACAAUUGGCUUUUUAUUUGUUUGUACCGGAAGGGGUCUAAACAUUGAUACUUAUCCGACAUCCAAUGUUGAGGCAUCCAUUUUCCGGAAAGUUUUUCCUGAAGUCAAACUUAUCGGUGGUUUUGGUCAGGGAGAGUACGGACAAAAUUAUUGGCCAUCGCUGACCACUGAUAAGCGCACACAACUAAUGAGAGAACUUCAGGACGACAUCGCCAUUGAACACGAAAUGUGGCACUUCUACACCUCUGUCCUUGUUUUGGUUAAUUUACCGAAAAAAUAAUUUCACUUACGGUAAGAGUUACCACUUAUUUUGUUUUUUCUUAAUUUUGUAUUUAUCAACACAAAUUGUUAUUAAU